AUGUCUUCAAACCAAUCCAGCAGCGAACAAGGGCACGAGAGCGAGGAGAUGCUCCUCGAAGCCCACGAGACAACUUUAAGGGCGGAGGCUCUGGAGGAGCGAAUACUCCGUUGGUUAGAAGCCGUUGAGGCUGGCCUUCGGGCUCAAAAUCCACAAUUGGAGGACGACGACGACGACGACGAGGAUGAGGACGAGGAUGAGGAUGAGGACGAGGAUGAGGAUGAGGACGAGGACGAGAUGCUUCUCGAUACCUUCGAGGAUAAGUGGGGGCCAGAGGCCCUAAACAACCAAGACGACGAGGAUGAAGACGACGAGGACGAGGACGAUGACGACGAUGACGACGAUGACAACGAUGACGACGAUGACGACGACAGCAUGAUCCUCGAGAUCUAG